GGGUUGUGGCCAGAAAUGAAGCGCAUAGCAUACUUUAUCCUCACGUUCGCUCUGGAAACUGAAAAAAUAAUCCGUGAUCAAUUCGUCUUCCCACAGCCACGUCCUAAAAUGAAAGAGGCAAACCAAGGAGCCUGCGACAGAGAGUCGCGGAGGACAGUCCUCAUGUACCCUGCGCCUGGCGCAGGCCAUUUGAUCCCCACGGUGGAGUUUGGCAGGCUGCUUGUGUCGCAUGGCCUCGCGGUCAUCGUCGUUCAGCGUGGCCUUCCGGCCGGCAACGCCACAGCUCCCGCGUCCUCCCUGUACGGCAACGGCGACGCUUCAGCCAGCCCCUUUCUCUCUUUCCACUACAUCCCGGAGCCGCCACUCCCGCACGGGGUGCCGGAGGGCGACCAUGUGGCCAAGGUUUUCGAGCUUACACGCGCUUCCAACCCUGAGCUCCGUGAUUUCCUCCGCGUCACCUCCCCGGCGGCCCUCCUCCUCGACUUCUUCUGCUACAGCGCCGCCGAUGUCGCGGCAGAGAUCGGCAUCCCGGCGUAUUUCUUCUUCCUGAGUUGCACGGCCAGCCUGGCUGUAUUGCUCCACCUGCCCGUCAUCCACGGGCAAAACGAUGUGAGCAUGCGUGACCUCGGCGGCGAGCUCGUGCACGUGCCUGGCGUCACUCCUAUACCGGCGCACGACCUCCCCGCUGCUUUCCUCGAUCGGAGCAGCCUGAGCUAUAAGCAUUUCCUCGCCUUGUCCGAACAGCUGUGCAAGUCGCACGGCGUUAUUGUGAACAGCUGCCGAUCCCUGGAGCCGCGCGCCACCGACGCCGUCGCCUCCGGCCUCUGCACGCCCCCGGGGCGCACGACACCGCCCUUAUUUUGUGUCGGCCCACUGGUACAAUCUGCGGAGGUAGCCGAGAAGCAAGGCGAAGAGUGCCUUGCGUGGCUAGACACGCAGCCGAAGGCCAGCGUGCUGUUCCUCUGCUUCGGCAGUAUGGGCCGGUUCAGCGCCGAGCAGAUCAAGGAGAUGGCGGCGGGUCUGGAGAUGAGUGGCCAACGGUUCCUCUGGGUCGUACGCAGCCCGCCGGGCGGCAACGAGCAGCCGGGCGAGCCGGAGCUGGACGUGCUGCUCCCGAAUGGCUUCCUGGACAGGACUAGGGACAGAGGGCUGGUGGUCACGUCGUGGGCGCCGCAGCGGGAAGUGCUGGCCCACGAAACAGUGGGCGGGUUCGUGACCCAUUGCGGGUGGAACUCGGUGCUGGAGGCGGUCAUGGCGGGUGUGCCGAUGCUGGGGUGGCCGCUGUACGCGGAGCAGCGGAUGAACAAGGUAUUUUUGGUGGAGGGGAUGCAGCUAGGCGUGGCGAUGGAACCAGGCCCAGAUGGCUUCGUGACGGCAAAGGAGAUCGAGGGGAAGGUCACUUGGCUGAUGAGUUCUGAUGGCGGGAGGGAGCUUCGGGAGCGUACUUUGGUGGCCAUGAGAGAGGCAAGGGAGGCCCUCAGCGCCGGUGGGGAUUCCACGGCGGCACUUCUGCAGCUCGUGCAAAGAUUGGUAUCCAGGGCUGAUGCGGGUGAUUUGUUGGGUGGAGGAAUCGAUGUUGUGGAGUCUGUGGUUGCUUCCAUCCAUGAAGGGCGCGGGCGCUCCUCUGAUGUGAUUUCUUCCGAGCCGAUGGAUGACAGCAGUGCCAAAGAGCAGUUGAGAGUGGUGGGGGCGAAUCUCGGGUCAUACAACAACGGUGUGAGCGAGGUCGUUGGCGACUCGAACGAUGUGAAGGCUCAGAACACUUCCUCUGCAUCAAUAGGAGAGGAGGGAGAUGCAGAAGGCGUCGUUGUCAACAAAACAAAGGCUUCAUGUUGGACUCGACGAGUCAGGAUUGGCAACGCACCAGAAGAGAGGGAUGCCAACCCAAGCAGAGUCCCUGCCCUCGAGGCUUCGAUGAGAGCUUAUGCAGAAAACAAGGGUGGCACAGUUGUUAACCCGUCGCUCGGAACUAGCUUUGACACGGUUGAAGAAGCGUAUGAAUUUUACAACCUAUAUUCCUGGGAGAUGGGGUUUGGCGUUCGGUAUGCCAAAAGCAGGUUGAACGUCCAUCGAAAAAAGUGCAUGCAGGAGUUUGUAUGCGCGUGCGCGGUGGGCAUGAUUCUAGGAAACAAAAUGAGGCUUACACUGUCGAUCGGGCACUUGUAGAAACGCUUGCCCUCGUUUUCGCCUUCUUUCCGACUGAUGUUGGUCUCCACCUGAACCUCGCCGCAGUCCGGGCACAUGAUGAGCGGCAAGUGCUGGUGCCUUUGCGUGGAACGAACUGAGGAUGAAGACGAAGCCAUGUCGAGCUUGUUUGGGCAGGGUGCGGCUGCGACGGAGAACCAUCUCUCCUAUAAAUAGCCGGCCAGGCAAAGGCAACGGCAGUAUACUUAACGUUCGACUCAAACGGCUCCCUGCCGUAGCCCAUGUUGACGGGUCAACUCCGGUGCCGUGUACGUGAGUGCCUGUCUAGAUGCUGUGCUGCAUUGAUGUACCUGACAGUGUACGUGUGCCCGCAAUAUUUACUUAAAAAGCAAAUACGAAGGCUCGGCAA